AUGAGAAAAGGAACACUUUCCAAGAGUGAUCGAGAUUUAGAUUUUGACCAAAAGACUAUAUAUGAGUCGCACUUUUUCAAUGGGGUGUAUUCCAACUAUUAUUCCUUUGUCAAUCGCUUUUCGUGUGACUUAAAUGUGUGUCGUGUCGUCGGUGAAAGUCUUCAGAGCUCAUCACAAGACCAAUACUCCCAAGUCAUUGUAGAAAUCCUAUCCCUAACCGACCAAAUAGUUCCUUUUAUAGCUUCAUUAAUUCAAUCCGAAAUCAUGAAGACCACUAACAAGGAAAACUUGCUUCGCGGAAACAACUUGUGUACUAAAGUGACUACGGCGUACCUCAAAAAGGUCCUCAAACCCUUCGCGAAGAAGAUCUUGUCGCCAAUUAUCGACGAGAUGGUGACGACAUCGGAGUCUUAUGAGAUCGAUCUCUUGCGCGACGACAAAGCCCUUUCACUCAGCGAAACACAACGCGCGGAGACUCAGAAGGUCAUCGCGAUGAAUAUGAAGAACUUGGUCACAAAGAUUACACAGAUCCUCACCUCCCUUCUUGAAAAUAAGAACAAAUUCCCUAUUGAAAGUAACACGAUUUGUAACUUACUAUGGACUUUAGUCACUCUUAAAUACCCCGAUGACAAAUUGUUACCGUCACAGCUCGUCGGGGGAAUCUUAUUCUUAAGAGUCAUCUGCGCGUUCAUUGCGACUCCAGACGCUAAUAACUUGCUCUACCCCGGUGUCAAAUUGUCAUCACAAGGACGACGGAGACUUGUUUUAGUAUCGAAGACUUUGCAGGGGAUAUCGAACGUCUCGACCAAUUCGUCGGACUUUGUAUUGGAUCAAUUAAAGGACUUCUUGGCACAACAAAUUCCAACACUCCAAGACAUCUACAAGACGGUGUCGACGGAAUCGAAGAUCCAAGAGAUCAACGAAUUCAUUAAGAAGGACAUCCCACUCAAAUCGUGUGAUCUCCACGUCUUCUUUGCCCUCCACCGACUCUUUAUAGAGGCAAAAACAGCUUACAAAGUCACACAACCCAAUGACAAGACGCCGAGAUUCUCGUUGUCCCCAUACACCCAAUUGGACGUGUUCCAAACAACUGAAGAGAAGGAGAAGACGUCCCCACGACAUCGAGUUCAUGAAAAGACGACAUCUACAGUGGAUGGAAUUGUCACCGAUAAGAUCGACCCAAAACUGAGAAGGAAGAUGGGAAAGAAGAUGAAACUGGAGAUACCGGAGACCACCGAGAAUGAGAGUGGAUCACUUGUGAAAGGGACUCCAGACAGUCAGAAAACGUUUAUAGAAAAGAACGAGAAGACCAAAGAGAUCAUAAAAGAGACGACGUAUUCUACAAGUCCUAAGAAUCAUAAUGGAAGUGACGAGAUGGCGUUUCCAAUAGCAGAGAAUACACUUUCUAAGACUCCAAAGGAAGGUUCAAAUAAUCGACCACACUUGGACCAUAUCCAAGUCGACUUCAUCCGCUCGGAGACGAAACUCCCGGUCGUCCCUUUACGACAACAAGCGAUGGCAGAGCCUUCGAAACGGAGAAGUUUGAGGAGGUCGAUGUACUUGACUGGGAUAGACAUAGAUACGACCUUUAAAGAUUUGUAUUCGAUAGUCGGACCCGCUCCAUAUCACAGAGUAAUUGGGCAUAAGACUGUUUCCGAGUGGGAAGCAGUGUCGACGAGUGAAGAAGAAGACGUCUUACAGAGUCUUUUAAAAACAGAGUCGAUCUUUUACUUGGGAGGAAACGCUCCGGAUGGGAGUGUUAUCGUCUAUCUAGUAGUGAAACGCCUGGUCGACAUGUUAAAACUGAAAGGCGUUGUCGAAGCAUGGGGGACGGUAGUUAAGAAAGUCCUCAGCUCCUUAAGUGCGUUUACUUUUAUCAUCGAUUGCAGCUGGUUCAGCUUCCAGCAAAUUGAGAACGAGCAACUCUUUACGGGCGUCUUAAAGACAAUGCACACGAUGUUAACUGAAAUAGGUUCUGGGAAGUACAAAGUGAUAGUCUUGCACUGUGCAAAAGUAGUUGAGAGUUUAAUUCUGAGGGUAUUUGGGAAGAACACUUUUGAAGUGGUUUCAGAGUUCUUUGAACUUGAGAACCGCUUUAAAGAGGAGAACACGUUAAUACCAGAGGACUCCAAGAACUUUGUGAAGCAAUCGAUAGUGGUGGAAAUUACUGUUAAAGGGAAGACAAAGGAGUUUGAGCUUCGGAUGACAUUGAAUGACGUCAUUCUUUUGGGGAAGAAAAUUAAGUACUUGCAGGACAUCAAACAGAUCACUAAGUUCUUUGUGUAUGACAAGAAGGACGUCAUCGAACUUGUGAAUGACCGGAGAAUGGCACAGAGACUCUUCUUUAAGAGCGCAAAAGACAAGAGGAGCUUUAUCGCCAAUUUGUACGCGUCUUGCUUCUAUCGGUCGAUGUUAAACAAUCAGUCGCUGAAAAUUGAAGCAAAAAAAGUCGAACACAAGAAGAACAAGUGGUGCGAGUGUGGCGAAUUUGUAUUACAAAAUUGCUUGGAAAGUAUUUUAGUCAUGAGUGGAGGGAGUGGCAGUGUUAUUCGAGAGAUAUCCUUCCCCGCACUCGACCAUGUCUCAGUGUUUCCUUUCAGUAAUUUCACGUCGAUAUUACAAAUCGGAUACGUCGAUGUUAAAAGUCCAAGUCUCCAAGUCGUUGUCGACGAGUACUUCAUCGCUAAAAGUGACGAAGUGUUCAAAGAGAAUAUGGGCUUUAUGGUGGAGCGCUUUAACGAGCAGAAGAAUUCCAUGAAUUUGUAG